AUGCCGGGCAAUUUGCUCGCCAUUCUUGGCACCAUCACUUCGGCCCUGACGGUGCUGAUUGGCCUCAUCUACGUCUACAAUAAGCCGCCAUCGUUCGAAUAUGUUUGGUCUGACUGCACCUGGACCUUUCCUGACAAAGAGAGUACCGACUGCAACAUGAAGUGGCAGAGCAAUUGGGGCGUGAUGUGCGUGCUGAAAUACACCCCGCUGAUCUUCGGCAUCCUGGGUUCAGCGAUGUUCCAACCUGGCAUGAUGCAGGUGGUGGGCUUCCCCCGCAACUUCUUGCAGUACGGCCUUUUCCUGUGGCUUCAAGGCUUCUACGGUGACAUGGGAUACUGUGGGAAGCUAGGUGUCAUCGUUGGCUUCCUUAGCUGCAUUGUUGGCACCAUUUGCUUGGUGGCAUCCCUCUUUGACCUCAAGAGCUCCAGGAUGAUGCGACUGGAGGAGGAAUUCAAGCACAUGUACGUGGAGGAGGAGCCAGGGAUGGAGUAUGCCUCUGAAGCUUGGACCAGAAGUCGGCUGGGGCACGGAUUUUUCUUCCUGAUGCAGAAACAACCCGCGGGAUAUUCAUGUUUUCAUGCAUACAAUAUAUAUAUAUAUAUAUACCUAGAGAAUCUUCUGGCAAAUAUUUUUGCCUGUUUGGAUUGUGUACUGGAUUUAUGCCCGCACGACCUGGAAUCGCCGCGAACUGAAAAAUACUCAACAAGAUCGCCGGCACUAUCCAAAAUUGCCGGAAUUGAUACCAUGUGGUAA